AUGAAACUUGGCGAAUUCGAACUCAAAGAGCCCCUUCCCGAAUUGAAGGAUCCCCACCUGCUCGCCGUUCUGCGCCCCUGGAUUGAUGUGGGGCGGGUGGGCAGCCUCAGCCUGAAUCGAAUGGAGCGGCACUUGCGGGCCAAGGAGUUGGGACGACUCCACCGGCCUGGACUGUUCUAUGACUUUACCCGCUACCGCCCCCGGUCUUAUUUCAACGAAGGCCGCCGCGAAGUGUCCAUUCCCAACACCAUAAUCCGUUAUGCCGAGCGGGAAGAGGGGCCCGACUUGCUGCUGGCCACCUGCUUGAACCCCAUCUCUAUGGCGAAGACUACACCGAAGCCAUGCUGGAAUUGCUGA